GCCAUGCGUUUGUUGAACACCUCAGCCCUCGCUCUCCAUGAUUCCAUGGACGACAACAUACCCAGCUAUGCAAUCCUCUCACAUCACUGGGAAGACCGAGGGGUUAUCUUCCGAGAUUUGCAAACAGGAAGAGGUCCUGGAAUGGCGGGAUACUCGAAGAUCACAGGGCGCUGUGCUCACGCAGCUUUGGAUGGUUUUGAAUACGCCUGGAUCGACUCUUACGGUAUCGACAAAACGAGUAGUUCUGAGCUUUCAGAGGCUAUCCGCUUUAUGUACAAAUGGUACCGGGACGCGCAGGUCUGCUAUGCUUAUUUGAGUGAUGUGCAUGGCGGGAGGAUCGGAGAAGACCAUGUGCGAGAAGACCCGUAUUUCGGAGCCAGUAAAUGGUUCACCAGAGGCUGGACACUUCAGGAGCUUCUUACCCCACGAUCCGUUGUGUUCUUGAUAGAGAUUGGGCGGAUAUUGGAACAAGUUCUAGCAUGGAAAGCCUUGUGUCCUCUAUCACGGGAGUAAAAGACUUAAACGAGUUUGAAAACGCAUGUAUCGCGCAGAAGAUGUCAUGGGCUUCGCGAAGACAAACGACUCGGAUCGAGCAUCAAGCGUACUGCUUGAUGGAUCCAUUUGGGGUGAACAUGCCACCUAUACGGGGAAGGUAGCAAAGCGUUUUAUCGGUUGCAACUGAAAAUUUUGAAAGAGUC